UAGGCUCGGCACACAGUUGUCUGGAGAUUAAUGCUUGACUACAACCUGAGUCCACAGUCACACCUUGAGUGGAAUUCGUUCCAGUCCUACAGGUUGCAAGCAAAAAUAAACCAGAUAAGUUGCUCCAGGUUGACAACAUAAUAGUGGGGGGAAUGAAGGAAGGAACGAAAGAACGAAAGCUCACAUUAGCUUGUGAAAUGACAGUAAAUGUAGGCCUGGCCACCUUGAAGGAGUGGCUGUUACAGCGGCUGAAUAGAAAACCGUGGCCACCCGAGCAAACCCGUCACACGAUGUCUCUGUGAUUCAAGGCGAGCAUGGCAUCGGUUUCGAUCAGCUCCCACCUCAACAAGGCGGUGCGGCAGGAUUACAUGAGCCUGCCGCAGGGAGGGAAGUGCCAGGUCACCUACAUCUGGAUCGACGGCACAGGGGAGGGUCUCCGCAACAAGACCCGAACCCUGGACAACGAGCCAAGCAGCAUAGACGAUAUUCCGGAGUGGAACUUUGAUGGCUCGAGCACGUACCAGGCCGAAGGCUCCAACAGCGACAUGUACCUCAUCCCCGUCCGCAUGUUCAGGGAUCCGUUCUCCCUGGACCCCAACAAGCUGGUCCUCUGUGAGGUCCUCAAAUACAACCGCUUACCUGCAGAAACAAACCACCGAGCGAGCUGCAGAGAGGUGAUGGAGGUGGUUAAAGAGCACUGCAUAUGGUUUGGCAUGGAGCAGGAGUUCACGCUGUUCGGAAUAGACGGACACCCUUACAGUUGGCCCCCUAAUGGAUUCCCCAAAGCCCAAGGACCCUUCUACUGCGGGGUGGGGGCGGACUGCGCUUAUGGACGGGACAUAGUGGAGUGCCACUACAAGGCCUGCCUCUAUGCAGGGGUCAACAUCUGUGGCACCAACGCUGAAGUUAUGCCAUCACAGUGGGAGUUCCAGGUGGGACCCUGCGAGGGUAUUGAGAUGGGGGACCACUUGUGGGUCUCCCGCUUCCUGCUGCACCGCGUUUGUGAAGACUUUGGUGUUGUUGCGUCACUGGACCCCAAACCAAUGAAGGGCAACUGGAACGGUGCUGGUUGCCACACCAACGUCAGCACCAAGCAGAUGAGAGAAGCAGGAGGACUGCAAUACAUCGAGCAGGCCAUCGAGAAGCUGAGCAAAAAACACAGCGAGCACAUCCGAGUGUACGACCCACGCGGAGGGGAGGACAACAAGAGGCGCCUCACGGGUCUCCACGAGACCUCCUCCAUCGAAGACUUCUCUGCCGGAGUGGCCAACCGGGGCGCCAGCAUCCGCAUCCCGCGCCAGGUGGGCCAGGAGCGGAAAGGCUACUUCGAGGACCGCCGGCCUGCAGCGAACUGCGACCCGUACGCCGUGACCCGGGCCAUCACAGCCACCUGCCUGCUUGAUUCAGAAGGCGCAGAAGAGAGCAAGUAGAAGAAAGGUGCUCCUGGAAUGUAGAAUUACAUCUGCCCGCCUGUCGGGUCGUCUCUGCUUCAAACUGUGUACUGCAUGUGUUAGAGUGGGUGAAAUAAAAGCAAGAGGGUGGUGAAUACUUUUAA